AUGACAGCCGUUAAAAUAUAUGGAAUUACCAUCUGCAUACAUGAAAAGAAUUCUGAAAACAUUUAUGAAAUUGACGAUGAUUGUCCAAUUAUACAUUUAAUAAAAACGAAUUUGGAAGAUGGAUCGGAUAUAUAUUUAGCUACUGGAAAAGACGAUGAUAAAAAGAAAUUGAGUCAUGAUGAGAAAUGCGAAGAACAAAAUGAACAAGAUAUUUGUUUUGAACCAAAUUAUCUUGCCGAAUUUAAAACUAUAUGUUCAUUAAAUGUGACGGUUCGACCGAUAAAAUAUGAUGGAAAUCGCUAUUUUAGAGCAUUAAGUGAUCAAAUAACUGGUUCACAAGAAGGACAUGUUGUUUUACGAGCAAUUGUUAUUGAUUUUAUAUCGGACCAUCGUGAAAUAUUUGAAUCAUCUAUUGAUCAUGAACAUUUUUCGUCAUGGGAGGAUUUUAUUUAUCGAAUGCGUCAAAAUGGAACAUUUGCUGAUGGGAUCGUAGUGGUUGCUUCAGCAAUGUUGUUAUGUAGACAAAUUAUCAUUCAUCAACGUGCACAACGUCCCGUACUGUUUAAAUCUUUAUGUUUUAUAUCAAAUAAUAAUCAAAUACAUCUCGUUUAUGAUUCUAAAAAACUUCAUUAUAACAGCUUGUGGUUAAUUGAUGGAAAUAAACUAUAUGUUGAAGAAUCAGAAUGUGUUUCUGCUUGA